AUGGAUAAAGGCAAAGCUAAGAAUCCUGUGGGAGAAUCCUCCGGGUCUAAUCUGAACCCGAAUGCCCAGCCCUUCAAACCUCCAGCAAAUGCACCGGAAAGAACCUUGUUCAUGAAAUUUUUCCCUGAAUUCCCACCAAUCUCUCGGCAAGCAAUUCACGAAUACUUUACAGGGCGAUUUGGGAACUGCAUUGAGUGCGUUUACGUACUGAAGCUAAAUUCAGACUUGGGAUUUAUUAUAUUCUCAAGAUCACUGUUUCCUUAUGUGAUAAUGGGACCAUUGGAAGAGGUGGUUUUGUUUAUCUGCAGUAGGCCGGUUCUUUUCAAGAGAUCCUUGGGAAGAGGUGGUGCUGUUUAUCUGCGCCAAGUAACAUUUUUUGGCUGA